CAGGUCUAUGUUGACACACAAAGAUGCUGCACAUCCGAAGUUGCUCUCUGCGCAUAGGUACCUGGAACUGUUCCUCACGUUACAAGACAACUAAAGUUAAAGAAGGUCCUGGUCUUGAUUACUUUAUUACAGCAAGCUUGGAUAAGCAGGUCAAAAAGGAGCGCAAACGCUUGCCUCGUUGGCUGCAAACUGCCAUUCCUAAGGGCAAGAAUUACACUAAGCUAAAGACUGAUCUGCGGAGUUUAAACCUUACCACUGUAUGUGAAGAGGCAAGAUGUCCAAAUAUUGGGGAGUGUUGGGGUGGUGGUGAUACUAAUACUGCUACCGCUACUAUAAUGUUGAUGGGAGAUGAAUGCACUAGAGGUUGUAGAUUUUGUUCAGUAAAAACAUCGAAAAACCCAGGUCCCCUUGAUCCGUUGGAACCGUACAACACUGCAAAAGCAGUGGGCAGUUGGGGUGUUCAUUACAUUGUACUGACAUCAGUUGACAGAGAUGACAUUUCAGAUGGUGGGGCAUCUCACCUAGCUGAAUGUGUUAAAGAACUGAAACUUCAAGUUCCAGACCUUCUUGUAGAGGUUUUAGCUCCUGACUUUAGAGGUGACUUAGAUGCAGUUGAACGUUUAGCUUCCUCUGGAAUGGAUGUUUUUGCACACAAUUUGGAGACAGUCAAUCGAUUGCAAGCGUUUGUGAGAGAUCCCAGAGCAAAUUAUAAGCAAAGUAUGGAGGUGCUGAUUAAAGCAAAGGAGUCAUCACCUGGCCUCCUCACCAAAACCUCUCUCAUGUUGGGUUUAGGAGAAGCUGAUGAAGAAAUUGUUGAAACAAUGGAAGAUCUCAGAAAGAACUCUGUUGAUGUUGUCACUUUUGGACAGUACAUGCAGCCAACAAAAAGGCAUCUCAAGGUCAAAGAAUAUGUGACUCCGGAGAAGUUCAAACAUUGGGAACAACUGGGGAUGGACAUGGGCUUUGCUUAUGUUGCCAGUGGACCUUUGGUGAGGUCUUCUUAUAAAGCAGGGGAAUACUACAUCAAAAACAUCAUUGAUAAGCAGAGAGGUAUUGUGUCAGAUGUUAAUGACUGAAAUUCAAGUUUAUUGGUUCAUCGUGUGUAAAUUAUGAUGGGUGUGCCCUCUACAGUCUACAUGUGCAUUCGACCCAUCCCGAAUCAUGCAAGUUCCUAGUUAUAAUACAGUUAAAUACAGUUAUGGACUUGUGACAAUCGCUGAGUGUACACAAAUUUUAUCAUAAGUUUACAGCAUUUAUGAAAUAAUGUCUAUUUUCAGUGACCUUUUUCAGCAGACUUUUCUUUUCAAAUGCUUUUAUCACAUAACUUAUUAGUACAAAUUUGGAAAGUGAAGAGUAUUGAUAUACAAAAGAUUCUUGAAUAAAAUUGGUGAUAAAAGGCAUUUUAUUUUUGUGUAAUAUGGAGUUUUUAUUGUGCUAAAUUUGUGAUGUUUUAUACAAAGUCCAAUAAUAUAUU